AUGAAAAAUUCCAAGAAAGGAAAUGUUCCUUUCCGUCAUGGAAUUUCACUUUCUAAAUCUCAAUGCCCCAAGACUCCAGAAGACAUUGAAGAGAUGAGGAGAGUUCCCUAUGCCUCUGCAGUGGGAAGUCUGAUGUACGCUAUGUUGUGUACAAGGCCAGAUAUCUGCUAUGUUGUAGGGAUAGUGAGUCGGUUUCAAUCCAAUCUAGGAAAAGAGCAUUGGACUACGAUCAAGAAUAUUCUCAAGUAUUUGAGAAAGACCAAAGAUUGUUUUCUAGUGUAUGAAAGUGAUGAGUUGUUAGUAGUUGGAUAUACGGAAUCAGAUUUCCAAACUGACAAGGAUGAUAGAAAGUCUACAUCCGAUUAUUGCAGGAGUAUACAAUAUUGGGUGAUAAUGGAAUUCAAUGAUUUCGCGGAUCCAUACAAUGCUUUUAUUGAUGGGAAAAAUGAAACUGGGUCAAGUAAUGUAUUAAAUGAUGAGUAUUUUAUUGAUAGUGAAAAUACAGUAAAUGCAGUGGGUCAUGAUGUUAGUAGAGAUGAUGAUGAUGACUGA